CCUUCGACGGGGAGCCGGAAGAGGGGCGAAUCCCGCUGCCUGGCCUCUUUGUGCUAGGCUUUUGCGGUCCCUCGGCGGGGCGGCUUGGCCUGAGCGUUGCCAUGGAGACGCAGCCCCGGCUGAUGCCGGCCCUUUGGGGCCUGGCCCUCUUGUGGCUCCUGGGGGCAGCCGCCAACCUCCCCGGGACCCCCGCGGCGCCCAACCUGGUCCUGCUGCUGAUGGACGACAUGGGUUGGGGUGACUUAGGUGUGUUUGGAAAUCCUUCCAAAGAAACCCCAAACUUAGACCAGAUGGCUGCAGAAGGGAUGCUUUUCCCAAGCUUCUACACCGCCAACCCUCUCUGUUCCCCAUCCAGGGCAGCACUCCUGACAGGCCGUCUCCCUAUAAGGAAUGGCUUCUAUACCACCAAUGCCCAUGCCAGAAACGCCUACACGCCGCAGGACGUAACUGGGGGCAUCCCGGAUUCUGAGCUGCUCCUUCCCGAAUUGCUGAAGAAAGCAGGCUAUGCCAAUAAGAUAGUUGGCAAAUGGCACCUGGGCCACCAACCUCAGUUCCAUCCCUUGAGGCAUGGCUUUGACACCUGGUUUGGAUCUCCCAAUUGCCAUUUUGGACCGUAUGAUAACAAAGCCACCCCCAACAUUCCUGUUUAUAGGAAUUUGGAAAUGAUUGGCAGGUAUUACGAAGAUAUACAAAUUGAUCGUAAGUCUGGAGAAGCAAACCUAACUCAAAUGUACUUACAGGAAGCCCUGGAUUUCAUAAGCAGCCAGCAAGCCAGCCAUCAGCCAUUCUUGCUCUAUUGGGCCAUCGAUGCCACGCAUGCCCCCGUGUACGCCUCCAGGGAGUUCCUAGGCACAAGCCAAAGAGGAUUGUAUGGCGAUGCUAUGCGGGAAAUUGACUUUAGCAUUGGGAAAAUUCUUAGGCACCUUCAGAAUCUGGGCAUCAGCAACAAGACCUUUGUGUUUUUUACAUCUGACAAUGGGGCCGCCCUCAUUUCAGCCCCAGAACAAGGAGGCAGCAAUGGCCCUUUCCUAUGUGGCAAGGAAACGACUUUUGAAGGUGGCAUGAGAGAACCAGCUAUUGCCUGGUGGCCAGGACACAUACCUGCAGGACAGGUGAGUUACCAGCUGGCCAACGUGAUGGAUCUCUUCACCACUUGCCUCUCGCUGGCAGGACUGCAGCCUCCCAGUGACAGACAGAUUGAUGGCAUCGACCUCCUGCCUGUCCUCCUGCAAGGCAAAGUAAUUGACAGACCAAUCUUUUAUUACCGUGGCAAUGAGAUGAUGGCAGUGCGGGUUGGGCUUUAUAAGGCCCAUUACUGGACCUGGAGCAAUUCCUGGGAGCAGUUCAUCCAGGGCAUCGAUUUCUGCCCGGGGCAGAAUGUCUCCGGAGUCACCACCCACCAGCAAGUGGAGCACUCCAAGCUCCCCCUGAUCUUCCACUUGGGGAAGGACCCUGGAGAGAAGUAUCCGAUCAGCUUCUCCAGUGCCGAAUACCAGUUUGUUUUGGAAAGAGUCUCUCCCGUCGUCCAAGAGCACAAGGCCACGCUGGUCCCGGGGCAGCCUCAGCUGAACGUCUGCGACAGGGCAGUCAUGAACUGGGCUCCUCCAGGCUGUGAGAAGCUGGGGAAGUGUUUGAAAGCUCCCCCUCCUGACCCAAAGAAAUGCUUUUGGCCACACUGAGGGCCUGGCCUUGGCAAUCCACUGUCCAGCAACUGUUGUGCACCCCCCCUCCUCUGAGAAGGUGACUCCGGCUGCUGCUGCUGCUUGUUCAGAAGAAUCCAUCCCAAGAAUCAUCUCAGAGGGGUUGCUUUGGCCCCGUCUUCUAUCUUUGCACUGGGACGGUUUUAAUCUGUCUGAAAUGAACCUCUCCGGAAAUGGGGGGGAAAAAACCCCGCUUGAUCUUCUUGCAGGGAGGAAUGGGCUGCAGGGGAAGAGAUUUGCCCCCCUCUUGGAUCCGGAGGGCCGUCUUGGGAUCAGCCAAAGCCUUUUCAAGACUCAGGUGCUCUGCAGUGAGGACCACCUGCUUUUCGGGAAGAGCCAAAUCCUUACAUGAAGGAGCUUCUGCUACUGUGGUUUUUUUUUAAAAAAAAAUGAAUCAGUUUUAUAUCUGUUGAGGCCAAUUUUUUAAUACUGCUGAGCAUUUGUAAGAAAUGAAGGCUGGUUAUAUAUUUGA